AUGGUUCAAGUCGUCGAAGACUAUACGCCGGUGGUCAAUGGCACUGCAUCUACCGUGAAAAGUCGUAAAACAUAUCAACAGGCUAUCGUAAGCUCCCAACCAAGCCUGACAGCUUCGUAUCUGUCUCAGUCGUUACGAUUCCUUCAGAAACUGAGAAGCAAGGAAAACUUCACUGAAGAGCCGCGUUCCUCUAGUCAUCCAACACCAGCACGCCUCAGAUUAAACAUCGUGGUUGUUGGAGCAGGACUUGGCGGGCUUUCUCUUGCCAUUGCUCUAGCUCGAAGAGGACACUCCGUGCGAGUACUGGAGCAAGCUUCAAAGCUUGGAGAAGUGGGAGCAAGUAUUCAAAUUCCUCCAAAUUCUGGACGGUUGCUCCACCGAUGGGGAGUCUUUGAAUAUUUGGAAAAGUGGGCAGUCAAGCCAGAAGGUAUCAACUUUCGAAGAUGGGAAGAUGGACAAGCCAUAGGCUACACUGCUCUCGGGAAGACAUUUCAAGCAGACUUCAAUGUGCCUUAUUAUGUGGUCCAUCGUGCUCACUUCCAUGAAGCUCUGCACCAACGAGCGUCACAACUGGGUGUAGCGGUCGAAUUGCAUUCCAGGGUCGUAGGGUACAGUGAACAGAAAUCUUCAGUUGUACUAGACAGUGGCACCACUAUCCAAGGAGACUUGGUGAUUGCCGCUGAUGAUUCAAGAAUCAAAUCAAAAGCACGGCAAGCUAUUCACCCAGGCCUUUGCCAAGAUCCCCAGUUCAAUGGCUUCGCUGCGUAUCGAGCAACAGUCGACGUCCAAAAGAUGCAAAAUAGUCCCGAAAUUGCCUGGCUUCUAGAGAAACCUUCGUUGAACAUCCGGAUUGGCGAGGACAGACAUGUCAUGACAUACACAAUCGCCGCAGGGGAGUCAUUCAACAUGGUUUUAUCUCACAUUGACCGUUCUGAACCGGCGACCUGGACAGAGAAGUUUGCCAAAGAACACAUCCAGCAAGAAUUCACGAGAUUGGUAAUUAUCGGUGAUGCUGCUCAUGCUAUGCUGCCUUACAUGUCGCAAGGUGCCGCCAUGGCCGUCGAAGAUGGUGCCGCCCUUGCUGUCGCCCUGAACCACAUCUCCACUAUCGACGAACUCCCAUUCGUGCUGCGGGCAUUUGAGAAAGAACGAAUCAAGAGAAGCAGCGAUAUGCAGAAUGCCAGCACGGUAAAUGGACUAAUUUGGCAUUUUGCGGAUGGCCCAGAGCAAAGAGCGAGAGAUACUUCCAUGGCCGCCGAGGUUGUGGGUUCUCCGUUUACCAGCAGUGCAAAUCAAUGGAGCGACCCAGUCACUCAAUGGUGGGCGUAUGGAUACGACGCUGAGAGCAAAAUGGAAGAGGCCUGGGACGAAGCCGUGCGGGCUUUGAUCAUGCGAGCGGGUUGA